UGAACACCAGUCACACAACCAAAUCAAGCUCAGCUUAAUCAAUCACCUCAUCACACACUCUUAGCUAAGCUAAGCUAAGCUAAGCUAGAGCUAAUACAAGAGCAAAUUAAUGGCGGUCGCGAGAGGAGUUGCACUGGCCGUCGUGCUCGCCGCGGCGGCGGCGAUCCUCGCGGCGAGCCCCGUCGCGGCGCAGGGCGGCGGCGGCGGCGGCGGCAGCGGCAGCUGCAUGACGGAGAUAAUCAGCCUGGCGUCGUGCCUGGGCUACAUGUCCGGGAACUCGUCGGCGCCGAAGCCGUCGUGCUGCACGGCGCUGUCGAGCGUGGUGACGUCCAAACCGGCGUGCCUCUGCGCCGUGCUCGGCGGCGGCGCCUCCUCGCUCGGCGUCACCAUCAACAACACCCGCGCCCUCGAGCUCCCCGCCGCCUGCAACGUCAAGACCCCUCCGGCGAGCCAGUGCAGCACUGUCGGCGUCCCGAUGCCAUCUCCGGCGACGCCGGCGACACCGGCGGCACCGGCGGUGCCAAGCGAGACUCCGGCGGGAACCGGCGGGUCGAAGGCGACUCCGACGACGGCGACCACCACCACCGGGCAGAGUGCUUCCGGCGGGAGCGUCGGCAAGGCGGCGUCCAUGGCGACCGUCGUCGUUUCAGUGGCGUUUGCACUGAUCCAUGUUUGAUUAAUUUCUGCAUGGGUUAAUUUAAGCCGUUCGAUUUGGUUGUGUCCACGUGUCCUUAAUCGGCUUUAUCAUUGUUGUGUUGCGAAUUUUUUACACUAUUUUAAUUGUAUUGUGUGUGUGUUGAGUGUGCCAUGAAUUUCUUGAUGUAUUUUUCUUAAUUGGUCUUGAUUGUGUAUUCAUUAUGUCAUAUUAUUUAUGAGAACAUAUUGAGGAGAGUUCAAUUUGUUUCACC